UUUCGUUCAUUCGUCGUUCUGCGCCCUAUGCGCUCAUUUAUCGCGGGUUUGUGCGUGAUCGCGGUUCGAUUUUUAACGUGUGUCGCGUGUUACGUUAUUCAUGAUCUAUCGACAUUGCAAAUAGUAAUAUCCGUGAAAUCGAUUCUAGAUCAUUGCAAAUUACUGAUACUACUGUGCAGGAAGAGAAAUGUGCAUCGUUCGCCGGUAAGAAAACAAUUCGAACGUGAAGAGUGCUUCGAACGUUAUUCAAGUUCGAGAUUACAACAUGGCAGUUCAAUAUCGAUAAAGAAAUUGUAAGAUCGAUACUAAGUUAAGUUAAACCAGUGAUUUUUGAAUAGAAUUUAACGUAUUAUAUCAAUCGAACGAAUGAUAUAAUGGUUAAAUAAUAAAGGGAAAAGUGCAUUCGAAGAACGGAAAGUAUUACAUUACGUGUUUACUAUGUAAAAUAUUUUUUAAACGCAAAGAAAAAUCUACUGGUUGUUGUCAAGAUCAGAACGUUCAAAAAUAUUUUUCACUUAUACGACCGAUCCUCGCGUUAACAAACCAAUGUGUAUAGAAUGAAACGAAAAAUUACUUAUCGUGACAAAUUUGUCGUGAUUAACGAUCGAGAAAAAAAGUAACCUCAAAAUCAUACAGUGAUUAAAUUUUUAAAAUUUCGAAUCUAGUUAAUCGGGAUUAUCGCUCGUUCCUGAAAUUUCUCGCGUAAAAAGAUUAAAUUUUAAACAGCAUUCGAAUCACGGCAAGUCCGAUAAAUACUGAAUCGGAAGUGCAAUUAGGAAUUAAAGUUGGGAAUUAAAUAUGGCCGUUAAAAAAUUAAUCAACAGGAUUGCGGAUCGCGGGGAAACGCGGACGUUUAAACGCAUUCGUUUCGAUUUGCAUACGUAAAAUUUAAAUAAUACAGUAUAUAAUUUACUAACCUAUUCCGUGGAUAUUCAUACAACUUUAACCGCCGCGGGAAAUCGCAAUUAAUGGAGCCACGUAACUGGUGCGCUUCCAAGCGUUAGAACACUUUGAAAUGUCGCAAGAAAUGAGCUCGAGAAUGCGUGUAAAUCAACGUGUUCGCGUUAAAUAGCUUUUCGCGUCGCGCAUUUACAUUCGGGACGCGCCAAGAAUAAAAGAAAUUCGUUUUAAACGCAUUAAGUGGCUUCGUUUAUAUAAUUUUGGAUCGAAAUUUUUUUUUUUUUUUUCGUUCGCGGUUUUUGCCAUCGAUUUAAUUACAAGCGGAGAAAUAUUUUUCGACGAUCGAGACUAAACGCGUUUUAUUCAUCAUUUUCACGGUUCGGAAUUCUUCGGAAAGUUUCGUGUCCAGCGUUAUCUUUCGUACAGUUAACCGCAACCUGAAUCCCGCUUAUUCUUUCGUUUUUUAUCGAGUUUCUUAACGAAAAAAAAUAUUUAACGCGCGUAAUUAACACGAUUUAAAGAAAUAUAUAUAUAUAAGAUACGUUCAACCAGUGUGUAUCAGUGUAAUGUUGUGCAACAAAGUGUGAGCAUCGAUGAAUUCACACCGGAUCAUGAUAAAACGUGUUUGUGUUUGAAAAAGAAGCGAGAAAACUCCUCUACGAGUUUAGUGCUUCGUUUUCGACGGAUCGCCUCGCGAUUCGGCCACGGGGAAACGAAGCUUUCGAGGAUAAUCCCGCGACUCGACCAUUCAUUCCAUUGUCCAUUUGGGGAAGCGGUUAAGUUAACAGGCCAACGAGACGAUUACUACGGAGAUCGAAGGAAGGAAGGAAGGAAGGUGACGUGAUUUACGCACGUGCGGAAUGAAAACGCAGAGAAAGAAGGGACGAGGCGGAUCCGAGUCCGGCAGCGUUUAAGCGGCUUUUCGCCCGGAGGCGAGCUUCGACGAUGCGUUGAAUCGAGCAGGAGGAGGAGGAGAAGGAGGAAGAGAGAAAGGGAAGAACGAUGAAGGAGGAACGACAGAGUAGUGGGGGAACGAGGCGAGGUCGUGGCGCGCAUCGAGAAUCCUUCCGUUCGUGUUGAGGCGAACGCGCCAACUUUCGUAUCCCCUCCACUCUUCCUCUUCUUUUCCACGCGACGAGAACGAGGAGGGGAGAGAAGAAUGGGGGGACUCUCGACUAGCUUCUAGCGACGAAAAGUUUAAGUGAGAGGGAGACACUUUCUUGAAAUCCGCGUUGUUCGAGUUUCCAUUUCCCCUCCCUCCGUAAGAAGAGAGGAAAGGUGGCGCAGGAUUUUUUCGUAUUCGAUCGAACGUUCGUAUCGAAGAAUCAUUCUCGAAUUCGAAUGAACGAGGAGGAAGGAGCGAGGGAAGGAGAAGGGGAAGGAGAAGGAGGAGGAGGUGGAGGAGGAGGAUGGUCGUUUCUCGCGGCUCGUAAAGGCAGAAUUAUGCGCUGCACAAGAGCGCGGUCCACCGCCGCGGACUCUUUAAUAAUAAGAUCGAGUCGGACGUUAUUGCACUGGGCCGCCGUAAAUAUCUCUUAACCGUAUGCUCACCUCGAGAGGGCAAUAUCCCUCCCCCGAAAAAACGAGCGGAUCCUGCCCCGACAAAGACCUCCCCCCUCCCCUUUCCCCAACUAAUAUCCCGGAAAAUAUCUCAAAUCGUCGAUUUUGCCCGUAGAACUCCGUCCCGUCCCGUCCCAUUCCAUCCCAUUCCAUUCCAUUCGGGGCCACCGCGCGUCCGUUCGUGGAGGAGGAGAAAAAUGACGGUCGGUGCGGCGAUGACGGCCGACUCGCGUAACCGACGACCCAUCCGACAGCCCCCUCCCGCAGCAGCUCCUAUGUUCCCCCUCUCUUGGACGACCAUUCUCCAAUGUUAAUAGAAAAUACAUACAGUAACGUAUGAAAGCGUCGCCUCGCCCAGGGAUUCGAUUCGAGAGCUCCGAGUCCGAACGAGCGAACGUACGAAAGAACGAGCGAUGCCGUUGAGGAGGGGGACGAGGGGAACGGACGAGGGGAGAUCGGUUGGACGAUCGCGUAGGAAAUCGUGGAGAGACAGCCGUAUCCACCAUCGAUAUCGAUCGUGAUAUCAUCGACCUCGUUUAUAUAUAUACAUAUAUAUAUAUCUUUAUUCAAUCGUGCGAAGAAAGAAGGGAUCGCGUUAUCUCGCCGCUUCGAGUCAAAUGCGAACGGGAGGCGUUGGCAACGUUGCGUUGGACAAACGAGGAGAGAGGAUCGGAGCGUGACCGAAGAAGAGAAGGAUGGAGAAGGAGAGGGGACAUUACAGGGCUUACGAGGGCUUCAAGCCCGCGAACAAUGGCAACACGUCGUCGUUGAAGAGGUCUACGGCGACUGCGGCGGCAACGUUGGACCGUUCGAAAACGCAUCCGUCGAGGCAAGUGAGGUGCCUUUGCUUCGGCGGCGUGCCGGACAAGGCGAGCCACCAUUCGUUUCUCAAAGGCUGCGUGAUAAACCUCGGUAUAUGCGCCCUCCUCGUGGCCUAUACCUUGCUGGGCAGCUUCAUCUUCCUCGCCAUCGAGGGCGGGACGGAUGACGCCGGGAUUCUGCUGCAACAGAGGACGCUGGCCGCCACGAUGGCGGGGGGGGAUCAGCCUGGCAGGCGGAAUACCACAGCUUGGUUGAAACAGGUCGGGCACGAAGCACGGGCGAAGACGGUGGAGAAUAUAUGGAUAAUCACGGAGAGUUUGAAUAUACUUUAUCGGGAGAAUUGGACGAGGUUGGCCGCCCAGGAAAUCGCGCGUUUCCAGGACCAGUUGGUGAAAAGGAUCACCGAGGACAUGAUCGCGACCCAAAACGGGGGGACGUACGUGGGCAGCCCGGCCACGGAACGCCGGCUACCGGCCGAGUACGAGUGGAACUUCGCCAAAGCGUUUCUGUACUCUCUCACCGUGUUGACGACCAUCGGUUGCGGUAGCAUCGCGCCAAAAUCGACAUGGGGUAAGAUCGCAACGACGGGCUACGCCAGUCUCGGGAUCCCCUUAACCUUGGUCUACUUGUCGAGCGCCGGGGGUCUUUUAUCCAGGUGCGCGAGGGGUGUGUUCACGCGUGCUCUUUGCUGCUGCCUUUGUUCAAAUUGCGGCUAUUGUUGCUACGACGAAAGACGGAUGGAGGAGAAAGAAAGACGGAUGAGAAAGAAAAGGCAGCAAGAGGAGUUGGCGCAGCAGCAACAGCAAUUGCAGUUGCAGGAACCGUUUUACGUCCGCGCGAACGCGUCAACUUUCACGACGAGCACGGUGGAGAUGAAGAGCAGCCCGAAGGACGAGGUGUCGAGCCUCGGCUCUGGCGACAGGCCCAACGUUACUAUACUCGCGCCUAUCAGCAUUUGCCUCGGUGCGAUGCUUUGCUACAUCGUAGCGGGCGCGUUUACUCUGCACAAGUUAGACGGCUGGUCCUUUGUGGAUGCGAGUUACUUCUGCUUCAUGAGCCUGAGCACGAUCGGGUUCGGUGAUAUGGUUCCCGGUUCCUAUCCCCGCCACACCCUUCACGAAUCGAGGAACGUGACCGUUUGGUUCUGCUCCUUCUACAUAAUGUCCGGGAUGGCGCUCACGGCGAUGUGCUUCAACAUCCUCCACGACGAGAUCGUCCACAGGCUUAGCCAUCAGACGGAGAAACAGGAAACGGUGAAGGCAAGCCCGAGCGUGGACGAGCUGUCCACCGAUCCCCUCACGCUUACCUCGUGACAAUUUCCGUCUGGCAACUUGUGCCACGGCAGGAACGGCACCGACGAGAACGACGUAUGCGGAACGGAGCCACCGACCAGUCUGUUCGCCCACGAGAACGAGAUCAAUAUCCUCAAGGACACUUUUAAUCAGGUGGACGUAACUAGGGACUGCAAGCCUAUUUUGAAACUCGAGGAUCACGUCCCGCCGAUUCCUGGUGUUUACAUGUUGCCAAAGGUCGACGAGGAGGCCGAGGAGAACACAGAAAUGUGAAACUUCUCUCUUCGACGAGAGACGAGCGGAUCUUUUUUUUUUUUUUUUUUUCUUUUGAUAAGAAGCAACCGAAGUAAACCUGUCCAACAGGUUUGUUCCAAAGAACAACACGUUUUGCGUUUCCAGGUGGAAAACGCGAACGUGUUUCGAAUCGAUAGCUACCCUUGAUACGUCGUACAUACACACACACAUACACGCACAUAUAUAUAUAUAUACUAUAAAUAGAAAAUUAAUCAUCGCAAUGAGACAGUGUGCGCGUGGACGCGAAAAAAUAUUUUUUGACUCGAUUCACGAUUAAUACUGAUUUUCAAAAAAUCGAUAAAUUUUACAUGAUUUUAUAUACGUAUAUAUAUAUAUAUAUAUAUAUAUAUAUAUAUUUUUUCUUUUCUUUUUCUUUCUUUUUUUUUUUCUUUUCUUUCUGUGAACAAGAGAACCUAUGAGAAUUCUUCGGGAUCUAAAAACGGGUUUCGUAUUUAUAAUAUAUUCGUUCGAAGAACAGAUGGUAUCGUUUUACCGAUCGAUAGACUGUCUUCGCGUAGGCAAGUUGCCGAGAGAGAAGUAACCGAUGUAAACAAGUAUUUAUGCGUGCGCAAGGUUACGGGGACAUUAAACGAGACAUAUUUUCGUCGUAUACGAGAAAUGCAUCGACUCGAAAGAAAGUACGCUACUAUGUUCCGUUGGAACGGCCGUUUCCAAUAUAUUUUAACGAAACAAAUGUUCAAAUUAAAAUUAUACAAUAAUUUCUGUUAUUUAUUCAUAUUUAUUUUCUACGAUAAAUGUAUAUACACACACGCGCGUUAUUUCUAAUAUUAUCGAUUAUAAAAAUCAAUAUCGGAUCGAAGUCAAAUACCGGCCGUUAUUAAAUUUUAUUCGAUUUAAUAAACAAAUCGAAUGAAAUAAUGAAUAAAUAAACACGGCCCAACCCCUGCGAUAUCACGUUAAUAAUAAAGCCGGUAAUUACGUUACGCAACUUCCAAAUAAGAUUUCCCCUCCCAGGAUAUGUCUCCUAAAUGUUCUACCAAGUUUCUAAACUUCCUGUAGAUGUCUCCACGUUAAUCCUGGUUUACUUUUGAUGACACAUUCGUUCCCGUAAUAAAUAAAAUGUGAAAUUCGUGUUUUCGUUUAAACAAAAAUUUUAAUAUAUAUAUAUAUUUACAAAUAUAUUUUAUAAUUAUAAUUUCUUUGAAAAAAAAAGCAAUACGGGGAGGGGAGAUUGAAAAUAUAUUUUUUCGCGUUGUUUCUUAUUUUAUACGGAUUUGGAAACGGCGUUCUAAUCUCGUUACGAGAUCGACUCGAUAUUUCUAUGCCUAUUUAGAUAGAAAUUCGUGACAGUUUUUAUAUUUCUGCAAAUAUAUAAUAAACGGUCGAAAAAUGAAAAUUCACAUUCUUGUAAUGUAAUCGAGUGGAUUAUUGCGUCUAGUCGUGUUGAAUGGAAAUACACAUAUAUAUUGUAAAUCAUCAUACGAUGAAUCGUAUUCGAAACGCAACUAAUAAUAACACUGCCAAAAAAUGAAAUCAUAUUGCCCGGAAAAAUUAAACGUAACAUUUUAGAAAAAAAAAAAUUGAUAAGCUUUAAUACAUGUAUACACAUAUAUAUAUAAAAUUUCAAUAUAUAUAUUUUGUAACGAAAUGAAUUUUUCUAACCAGGAUAGGAUUUUUUGGUAUAAUAACUUUAACUUUUUAUACUGUAUCCGUUCCUUAUUCUGUCUGAUUCUUUAUUAUAUAUCUCUUUUUCAACUGAUAAUAUUUCAUAAAUGUAUUUAUAAAAUUUCUUAUACAAUUAUUUAUCGCAGAAUUACAUUCCUCAGAAUUCUUGAUAUACAAUAUGGUAUAGGCCAUUGACUAGACGCAGAAAUCGUGAACAAAAAAGAAAAAAAAAAAUCGUAUUUGAAUUCUGUGCUCAAGAACAAUAACUAAAAUACUGUUACGAUUAGACACUAAUCAUUAAGAGAGUGUUGCAUAUAAAACUAUUCACAUUGUUCAAUAUCGAUAUUCGUGAUAGGAUACGAGAUUAUGGAGUGCGUAAUGUAUAGCUGUAAAUUAGCUGUAAAAAAAAAAAAUAUUACUUUCGUCGAGUGUACAGAGCAGAUUUUCUUUCUCUCGAGAAACCAUCCACCACGUUAAAUAUUAACAUCGCGUUUCAAAAACUUUUUGCGUCAAGAUAAAUAAAUGAAUAUUCGUAUAUUGGUUCUUUCCUAUUUUCUACACCUUGUUUAAAUCGAAUCGAAUCAAAUACAACGUGUAUUAAGACGGUAUAUAAAAAGAAAAUUUUUCAGACGAUAAAAUCGAUGGAACAACAACACCAUCUACUCUGUACAAACGACGAAAGGCACCGCGUGCAGUAGCGACCUAAACAAGUGUUUUUUCCGUUUCUUGUAACAUAUCAUAAGAUGUAAGUACGUUAAAAUUCCCUUGUACGCUGAAAGAAAAUAUGAAACGAGAGAAUAAAACGAUCGACGAACGAUAUAUAUAUAUAUAAAAAUAUAUAUCUCGGAAAAUACGAGCGUUAAAUCGUAAAUGUAAAAUGUUCUGGUUGUGCAUUCGAAGCGAAUUUCGUUAGGUGUCUAAUGACAAUCGAUAUCGGCUCGAGCGGUUACUAGAAUUAUCACUCUAUCGGUAAUAUCGACAGAGGAUGGUGGCCAGCAGCCAAAACAAAGUUUACUUUAACGUUUGCACCAGCAGCCCAUACACAGCUAUCGAUCCAAACUGGCUGACCGAGCAAACUUCCUCGCACUACUCGUUCCAUUCAUUUUGAAAGGGCACGCGCGUUUCUCCAAGCUGACGCUUGGACAAUUUGUUGCGGAGAACCACUUGUAACUUUCCUUCGAUUCCACCGUUCACUUUGGAUAUAUCGUCGAACCGAUUUUUAUUUGAGAUUUUUUUUUUUCCAUGGAAUAAAAAUUUUUUCCUUUCCUUCCGCGUAAUAUUCGAAGUGAAAAUCGAAGAUUCCAGUUCCAAACCAAGAAUUCACAGACAUCUUGUACAGAUCACACUCGAUCACAUUCGAUGCCAGAAUGUAAGGAUAAGAAUUCGAUUCACUUUAUGCAUAAUUUUACGAAAAGAUUAUUUUAUUAUACGAAGAUUUUUUUCCUGUUUCUCUUAAAUUUUAUUAAAAGACAAACAAAUGUGUAUCCAUAUUUUCUUUUUAAAAAUUCGAUUCUGAGUGCAAAACGAGUCGUUUGACGAAUUAAGUAAAGAGGAACCGUUUAUCCCGUGCAAACAAGUUGGAGAAAUCCUUUUUCCAUUUCACCAAGAUUCCCCCUUUUUUCACCGUAUCUCUCUCUUCAUUUCACACCCUUGCGUUCUGGUUUCUUUCCUCAGGGAAAUAUGACUGAAUUUCAAAGCGCUCGUCGACCAUUGAGAAAGCACGACAAUUUCGCGAAAAAAAAAAAAAAAAA